AUGGUGGUUCUUUCAUUUAAGGACUGCUUAAUCCCCCAAAGUGAUGGAAAGGAUUGCCCCCGUACUGCAAAACCUCCGUGCCGUGAUACGAGAACAACUAAUCAUACGGAGCUGGGGGGAAAGGAUAGUGUUGCGAAAAAAGAUCCCUCUGCCAGCAGUUCCCAUCGUCAAAUCAGCGAUAAUGCCUACAUUAACGUGGACGGAGGUUUCGUUGAAUUGGAUGACUCCGUGGAAGACAAGGUUCUGCCUAAGGAGAAAGAACGAGAGGCUAACAAAUACCCAAGGGAGGCACUUGAGCAAUUUCAAGACCCUGUGCAACAUACAGUGCAACAAACAGUGGUAGAUGAAGACCCUGUGCAACACACAGUGCAUCAAACAGUAGUAGAUGAAGACCCUGUGUUUGUGACUUUUCAGUCCGUGCAUGUUCAGCAACUCGUGUUUGAGUCUUGUGAGUUUUUGCAUGGUAAUAUUGUGGCGGCAGAGCAGGACCCCGAGAACGACAACGAAGAAGAUGAUGAGGAUGAUGUUGUUAAUGAUGAGUUUGUUGAUGGGAAACCCGGGGAUCAAGGAAAACGCGGGGAUGAUGAUGAUGAUGAGAAUCAAGGUGAUGGACCAAAAGGCGGUACAGCGGGUCCGGCUGCGGGUCAAGCUGAAGGGGAAGAUAAUACAGGGGGUGCAGGUCAAGGUGAUGACCAUGGUGCUGGUCAUGGUUCCAAUCCUGAAGAUGAGGAUGGUGCAGGUGAACUUCCACCACCUGUAAGCGAUGGAACCGAGGACUGUAAAGCUGGUGCUGGUCAAAAAACAAAAACAAAGGCAGCAAGGCCUAAACCUAGUUCCAAACCCCGCACUGCGACAAAGAGGUCCCGUAAGCCUACUUAG